CACACUUUAUAUUACGUACUGGACAUACUGAUGUGGAUCAUCUUCGUCUGCUGCGGACAUGCUCAAGCAGAUAAAGCCAGGGCCAUUCUGACAGCAGGCCCAACGACCAUACCAGUAGGGGGCAGUGUGGCGCUGAGCUGCUCUGUGGAAAACUCUGCUGGAUGGAUGUACAGUUGGUUCAGAUGGACCCCAGAGUCUCCCCGGGUUCAAGUCAAAAAUAAUAGUGGACUGAACAGAAUUAUUAAUGUCACACGAGGAGGUUUUUAUCAAUGCAAAGGUGUGACAGAAACACACAACCACCGAAGUUACUCAAGUGACAGGAGUACAAUCAAAAUAACCUUUUCCAACGAGGUCUUUGCGACUCGACAACCAAACUGGCCUCAGAUGUUCAGUGGCGAGACGAUCGCUCUGACAUGCGAGGUCCAGGGAGGAGAAACCGCUGAGUGGACGUGUGACUGGAGGAGAGACGGGUUGUUCAUACGCAGGACACAGAGCAAAAACUGGACUUUCAGUGUCUCUGAGUCCAACGGGGGAGACUACAGGUGUCUGUGUUUGCUCAAAGAUGAUGCCUUUUCUUCGACAGGGUGGAGUGAACCCGUCUCACUGUCAGUAUUUCGUAAACCAAAGGCCCAUCUGAGUGCGGGCAGCACAGAGCUGCCAGCAGGAGGCAGCGUGAUACUGAGCUGCUCAGUGGAGCCCUCUGCUGGAUGGAGGUACAUAUGGUUCAGAAGGACCAAAGACACCUGAAGCUCAACUCACUGAUGAGAAAACAGAAAUAUUAAUGUAACAGAAGGAGGAAUCUACAGAUGUUAUGGAAUGAGAGGAAAUACAAACUUCCAGAGUCUUAUAAGUGAUAAAGUCAGCAUCACAAUAAGAUAUUCCAAUGAGGUUUUUGUGACUCGAAAACCAAACUGGCCUCAGAUGUUCAGUGGUGAGUUGAUCACUCUGACAUGUGAGAUCCAAGAAAGAGAAACCACUGAGUAGGAAUAGGAGAGAAAUGGGACAACUGUAAAAAUGGCAAAGGGAAAAUUCCUGACUUUCACAGUCUCUGCGUCCAGCAGUGGAGACUACAUGUGUCGGUGCAGAAACAUAGACGACCGGCAUUCUCUGACAAAGUGGAGUGAAAAGAUGUCAUUGCUGGUGUCAGCAAAACCCAAAGCCAAACUGACUGCAGGUCCUACAACCAUACCAGUAGGGGGCAGUGUGAGACUGAGCUGCUCAGUGGAGCCCUCUGCUGGAUGGAGGUACAGAUGGUUCAGAAGGACCAAAGACACACCUGAAGUUCAACUCGCUGAUGAAGAAAACAGAAAUAUUAAUGUAACAGAAGGAGGAAUCUACAGAUGUUAUGGAAAGAGAGGAAAUACAAACUUCCAGAGUCUUGUAAGUGACGAGACCAACAUCAAAAUAAGCUCUGGAUCCAGUCCAGUCAGCUCUUCAUUUCCUGUGCUCUUAGUUGUUGGACCGAUUAGUGGAAUCCUUCUCAUCGUCCUCCUGCUCUUGCUGUGGCGCUACAGACGGUCCAAUGAUUUAUGCUGCGUCAGGCGGUUCAGCUCUGCCACCAAUCACGCAGUGGAUCAGACUGAAGUUCACGUUUACAGCUCUCUGCUGCAUGACGCAGACCUGACUAUUGACCCCGACUGGUCGACUUUUCAUGUUGGAGAGAGCGUGACCUUCAUUUGUGACAUGGAUGAAGGCGAAGACACCGACUGGGAAUAUGAGAUUAGAAGAAAUGAAGAAAAAAUUCUUCAAUCCAACCCGCACAAAAGCUUCACAUUACCAUCUAUCCAACUUGAUCAGGGUGGUGAAUACCGGUGCUGUGGUGUCAGGAAGAGCUCCAGUGAUGCCAAGUGCAGUGACACGAUCUCUAUAACUGUUACUGCUCCACCCAAAGCCAAACUGACUGCAGGUCCUACAACCAUACCAGUAGGGGGCAGUGUGAGACUGAGCUGCUCAGUGGAGCCCUCUGCUGGAUGGAGGUACAUAUGGUUCAGAAGGACCAAAGACACACCUGAAGCUCAACUCACUGAUGAAGAAAACAGAAAUAUUAAUGUAACAGAAGGAGGAAUCUACAGAUGUUAUGGAAUGAGAGGAAAUACAAACUUCCAGAGUCUUAUAAGUGAUAAAGUCAGCAUCACAAUAAGAUUUUCCAAUGAGGUUUUUGCGAUCCGACAACCAAACUGGCCUCAGAUGUUCAGUGGUGAGUUGAUCACUCUGACAUGUGAGAUCCAGGGCGGAGAAACCUUUGAGUGGAGAUACGAAUGGAGGAGAAAUGGGACAACUGUAAAACUGGCAAAUGGUAAAGAAUGGACUUUCAUUGUCUCUGAGUCCAGCAGUGGAGACUACAUGUGUCAGUGUAGAAACAUAGACGACCAGCAUUCUGUGACAAAGUGGAGUAAAAAGAUGUCAUUGCUGGUGUCAGCAGCAAAACCCAAAGCCAAACUGACUGCAGGUCCUACAACCAUACCAGUAGGGGGCAGUGUGAGACUGAGCUGCUCAGUGGAGCCCUCUGCUGGAUGGAGGUACAGAUGGUGGAGAAAGACCAAAGACACACCUGAGACUCAACUCACUGAUGAAGAAAACAGAGAUAUUAAUGUAACAGAAGGAGGAAUCUACAGAUGUGAUGGAAUGAGAGGAAAUACAAACUUCUAUAGUCUUGUAAGUGAUAAAGUCAGCAUCACAAUAAGCUUUUCCAACAAGGUUUUUGUGACUCGACAACCAAAAGGUUCUCAUAUCAUCAGUGGUGAGACGAUCACUCUGACAUGUGAGAUCCAGGGAGGAGAAACCAUUGAGUGGAGAUGCGACUGGAAGAGAAAUGGAACAACUUUAAAAAUGGCAAAGGAAAAAAUCCUGACUUUCACAGUCUCUGAGUCCAGCAGUGGAGACUACUUGUGUCGGUGCAGAAACAGAGACGACCUGCGUUCUGUGACAAAGUGGAGUGAAAAGAUGCCAUUACUGGUGUCAGACAAUCCCAAAGCCAAUCUGACAGCAGGUUCAACAACCAUACCAGUAGGGGGCAAUGUGACCCUGAGAUGCUCAGUGAAGCCCUCUGCUGGAUGGAAAUACAGAUGGUUCAGACGAACCGAAAACACACAUGAAGUUCAACUCACUGAUAAAGAAAACAGAGAUAUUAAUGUAACACAAGGAGGAAUCUACAGAUGUCAUGGAACGAGAGAAAAUCCCUCAUUCUACAGUCGUUCAAGCAACGAGAAAAACAUUAAAAUAAUGUUUUCCAACCAGGUUUUUGUGACUCGACAACCAAAAGGUUCUCAUAUCAUCAGUGGUGAGUCGAUCACUCUGACAUGUGAGAUCCAGGGAGGACAAACCACUAAAUGGACAUGUGACUGGAUGAGAAACGAGUCAAUAAUACUGAGGACAGACAGUAAACGCUGGACUUUCAUUGUCUCUGAGUCCAGCAGUGGAGACUACAAGUGUCGGUGCAGAAGAAGAGACGACUUGUUUUCUUCAACAAGGAGGAGUGAAACUAUAACAGUAACUGUAUCCAAUCCUGUCAGCUCUUCAUUUCCUGUCAUGCUGAUCGUUGGACCAGUCAGUGGAAUCAUUCUCAUCGUCCUCCUGCUCUUGUUGUGUCUCUGCAGACGGUCCAAAGAUUUGUGCUGCUUCAGGUUAUUUCAGUCUGAAAGCAGCAGCCAGAGUCCGGCCACUAAUCCUGGAGAGAACCAGAUUGAAAGUCAUUACAGCUCCCUGCUGCAUGGCACCAUGUCUGUGUAUGAGACAAUCCAUAACCGAGGAGCCACAGGAAACGAGAGACCUCGUGAUCCAGAAGACGGCUCAGUUUACGUGAAUGUGAGGCCAGAUAAUUACAGCUCAGCAUGA